UGGAGUGAAGGAACCACUGGACCCCUGAGUCAGUAGUGGGUGAAUCUAAUGACUGGAAUAGGUCCAGGCUUGCUUUCCCAAAACCGCUGCAAAAUCGUCGGAGAUAAUUGUAUCUUUUGCAGGGGGGAGCAAGGGGGUCCCAGGGUCUGUGUUCACAGACAUCUGGGGGAAAGAAAAAGAGCAGGAAACUACCCCGCACAGAGUUAAGCAGGAAACAACAACAUCAUGCAAAAACCCUGCAAAGAGAACGAAGGAAAGCCAAAGUGCCGCGUGCCAAAGAGGGAGGAAGAACGCCCCUAUGGAGAAUUUGAACGCCAGCAAACAGAAGGGAAUUUUAGACAGAGGCUGCUUCAGUCUCUCGAAGAAUUUAAAGAGGACAUAGACUAUAGGCAUUUUAAAAAUGAAGAAAUGACAAGGGAGGGAGAUGAGAUGGAAAGGUGUUUGGAAGAGAUAAGGGGUCUGAGAAAGAAAUUUAGAGCUCUGCAUUCUAACCAUAGGCAUUCUCGGGACCGUCCUUAUCCCAUUUAAUUAAUUUCUCUGACAAUUCAAUUAUUUUCUGUUAUUAAUGUUGCCACUGCUUUCUGUUUGUCUGCACUUUCUUGAUAAAUAUUUGCUAUCGUUUUACUCCAGUCAUUCGAUGUUGCUGAGAUUUACGUAUGACUCUUGUCAACAUCUCAUCUUUUGACCCAAUCUUAUUCAUUUAAUAAGAGGUCUCAUUCAUUUGCAUGGAAAAAUGCUCAUUGUAUAUUGCAAAGUGAAAAUAACGAGUUGCAAAACAGUGUAUACAUAUAUGUGUGUAUAUAUGUACACUUUAUUUGUACAUUUCUAUGUGACAUAAUGCAAAGGAAAGUGUCUGAUUUUAUUAUACACCAAAGGUUAACAGUGAAUCUCUGUGUGAUCUUUUUUUUUCUUUUUGCCUAUCUGCAUCUUCUCACUUGCCAAAAAAUGAAUAUAUGUUUAUGUGUGUAUAUUACUUGUGUCACAAAAAACCCUAAAGCAGACACAGUAAAAGAACUUUUCAAUCGCCUUUGGAAGGCAAUGAAACACUUAAUAAACUCUCAAUAACAGAAGCGUAAAAAUGAAAUGUAAACCUCUAAUUACCUCUGGAUAUCUUAGCCAGAGGAAUAAACUGGUAAUUAUUACAGAUA